AUGGGAGGAAUGGUAGAGGAGGGGCUCAAGUCGAGCAAGAUCAUGGGUUACUCUACCAUCAAAGCAACCACACAAGAGAUCCAUAAUGGCACCGGGGGCGUGUUAGGGAAAAAGAAGAAAGAAGAUGUUGCCAUGGUCGUCUCAGGAUCAUGGUCUGGCCUGAGGGAAAAGUGUUGGCAUUUGAAAAGCGCCAUCCAAGAGCUUAUCAAUACAAACAAGAUUGAGGUCCAAAGCUCAGACGCGCCCAACAUCAAUCAAAAUCCCUUGCCAACCCAUGCCGAAACAUAUAUGAUUGAGAUAAUGUAUAAGGAUGGGAAGCCCGAAAAGCCUUCGAAGUCUGUCAUGAUGAUCCGUGCCAUUGAAAGCAAUUCAGUCAAAACUCUGGUUGUUACAAAUGUAACAUCUUCGACAAUUGAGGGGUUGACAUAUAAGCUAAGCAAGCUCGAUGCUAAGCCGUACGUGGUAAGCAUGAAGGGAUCCCCAGAUAACGCUAAAUCAAAGCAAGGAAAGAUGAAGGUGGUCAUGCCGGUGGUAGCAAAUGACACCAAGGCCGUCCCAUGGAACUACAAGCGAGUAGUAGUAACUUAUAAGGGGAAAGAAGUGGAAGAUGAGGUUAAUGAAACCCGAGGAUUGACUCGUUCGGGGAGAUGCUUUGCCCCAAAGGAAUCAGGGAAAUCCAAGCCACUCAAAGAUAAUCCAAUUCUAGUGAAGAAACCAGUAACCGAAGAGGAGGCGGAAGAAUUUUUGAGAAAAAUGAAUCUGCAAGAUUACUCCAUAGUGGAACAAUUGAGAAAGACCCCUGCUCAGAUUUCUCUUCUAUCACUGUUGAUACAUUCGGAUGAGCAUCACUGGGCCCUCAUGAAGAUUCUGAAUGAAGCUCAUGUCCCUGACAAGAUCACAGUGAACCAUUUGGAGAAGAUUGCCAAUAAGAUAUUUGAGUUAAACAUGAUUACCUUCUCGGAUGAUGAGUUACCUCUGGAGGGUACGGAACAUAAUCGCGCUUUUUAUCUCACAGUGAAAUGCGAAGAUUCUGUGGUCACAAGGGUUUUAGUUGAUAAUGGUUCCAGCGCAAACAUUUUCCCUCUCUCCACUCUACACAAGCUGAAAAUUGAUGCUGAGAGGAUCCACAAGAACAAUAUAUGUGUCCUAGGUUUUGACGGAGGGGGAAAAGACUCUGUUGGCAAUAUCGUGCUCGAAUUAACAAUAGGACCAGUUGAAUUUACCAUGGAGUUCCAGGUACUAGAUGUGGCUGUCUCUUACAACUUGCUAUUGGGUAGGCCCUAG